AUGUCUUCUACGUUUCAACGUCAAACAUCGUUAUUAACUCCUGAAAUUGAUGAAGGUCUUUAUUCUCGACAAAUUUAUGUCAUGGGCAAAGAAGCAAUGAAUCGAUUAGCUCAUGCUCAUGUUUUAAUAUCAGGCAUGCGUGGUUUAGGUGUUGAAAUUGCUAAAAAUAUUAUUUUGGGUGGUGCUAGAACAGUAAUUAUUCAUGAUUGUGAUAAAGUUCAAUAUGAAGAUCUUUCAUCACAAUAUUAUUUUACUGAAUCACAUAUAGGUCAAAAUCGUGCUAAAGUUGCUGUCGAAAAAUUAUCUGAAUUGAAUAGUUAUGUUCAUGUAACACAUUCAUCAGAUGUAAUUAAUGAAACAUUUUUAACAACAAAUAAAAUUAAUGUAUAUGUUCUAACUGAUGCAAAACUUGAUCAUCAAGUUUUAGUAGGAAAUUAUUGUCAUGAACAUGGAAUUAAACUUAUUAUUGCAAAUACUAAAGGUUUAUUUGGACAAAUUUUUUGUGAUUUUGGUGAAAAGUUUGAAGUACUUGAUACAAAUGGAGAAACUCCUAUAACACAAGUUGUUACUGAAAUUAGUCGUGAUGAUAUUGGUGUAGUUUUUAUGUCAACAGAUACACGACAUGGUUUUGAAGAUGGUUCAUAUGUUACAUUUCAGGGUGUACAAGGAAUGACAGAAGUUAAUGACCAUGAAUUCAAAAUUUCUGCACCAAGUCCAUAUACAAUUACGAUUGGUGAUACAAGUAAAUUUGGUACUUAUGAAGGUGGUGGAACAGUGACUGAAGUAAAAAAAUCACAAGAAGUAACAUUUAAAUCAUUUGCCGAUGCAUUAAUCGAACCUGAUUUAUUAUUAUGUGAUUUUUCUAAAAUGUCUAUGCCUUCGAAUCUUCAUUUGGCAUUUCAAGCUUUGUCUCGUUUUGAAAAACAAUAUAAUAUUUUACCGAAACCAUGGGAUGAACCUGAUGCCGAGAAAUUUUAUGAAAUAGUAGAAAAAUUAAAUAUGGAAAAUCGAGAUAAACCAUUAACAGAUGAUUUAAAUAAACAUUGGAUAAAAUUAUUUUCGAAAAUAUGCACUGGUGAUUUAUGUCCUAUGCAGGCUGUUAUUGGUGGUAUUGCUGCACAAGAAGUUAUGAAAGCUGUCACAGGAAAAUUCAUGCCCGUACGACAAUUUCUUUAUUUUGAUGCAAUUGAAUGUUUACCAGAAAAUGUAUUUCAACCAUCAGAUACAAUUCCAAAACCAAGAUUUUCAACAAGAAAAACACGAUAUUGUUCUCAAGAAAUUGUUUUUGGUGCAGAUUUUCAAGAAAAAAUAUGUAAAUCAAAAUAUUUUGUGGUUGGUGCUGGUGCAAUCGGUUGUGAAAUGUUAAAAAAUUUUGCUAUGAUGGGUAUAGGAUGUGAUAAAGAAGGUAGUAUUUAUGUAACAGAUAUGGAUUCAAUUGAAAAAUCAAAUCUUAAUCGACAAUUUCUUUUUCGUUCAUGGAAUAUUGGACAAAUGAAAUCAAAAGUUGCAGCAGAAACAGUAAAAAUAAUGAAUCCAAAUAUGAAUAUUCAUGCAUUUAUUGAAGGUGUUCUACCCGAAACAGAACAUAUUUAUGAUGAUGCUUUCUUUGAAAGACUUAAUGGUGUUGUUAAUGCACUUGAUAAUAUUAAAGCUCGUGAAUAUAUCGAUCGUCGUUGUGUUUAUUAUCGAAAAUCAUUAGUUGAUAGUGGUACAUUAGGUACAAAAGCUAGUGUUCAAGUUGUUGUACCAUUUCUUACUGAAUCAUAUUCAUCAACACGUGAUCCACCAGAUCCAUCAAUUCCAAUGUGUCUUUUACAUAAUUUUCCUAAUUUAAUUGAACAUACAAUUCAAUGGGCUCGUGAUAAUUUUGCUGGUUUAUUUACAAUUCCAGCACAACAAGCUGAAGAAUAUCAACGUAAUUCAAGAAAAUUUGCACAACGAACAUCAACAAAUCUUUCAGAAUAUGAUAGAAAUGAAAUAAUUGAAAAUGUUAAACGUAGUCUUGGUCAAGAACGACCAAAAAAUUUUCUAGAUUGUAUUAAAUGGUCUCGAAAUCUUUUCGAACAACAAUUUCAUAAUACAAUUGCACAAUUACUUUAUAAUUUUCCACGUGAUCAUAAGACAACUACUGGUGAACGUUUUUGGAGUGGAAAUAAACGAUGUCCACAUGUACUUAAUUUUGAUGUUAACAAUACAACUCAUUUAGAUUUUAUUGUUGCUGCAUCAAAUCUUCUUGCUCAUAUCUAUUUUAUUGAACAAAUACGUGAUCGUCAAUAUAUUGCUGAUCAAGCUUCAAAAAUUUCAGUAGCAAAAUUUCAACCGAAAUCUGGUGUAGAAAUUUUUGAAAAUGAUGAACAAUUGAAAUCUGAUAUGGAAAAGAAAAGACGAAAAAAUUCAAUAGUUGAUGAUCAAAGUGAAGAGGAACAAAUUAAUAAACUUCUUAUUCGUUUUCCUAAACAUGAUGAAAUACGUAAUAUUAAAAUUCGAGCACAUGAAUUUGAAAAAGAUGAUGAUUCUAAUUUUCAUAUUGAUUAUAUUGCUGCAACAGCAAAUUUACGUGCUGAAAAUUAUGAAAUUCAAUCAGCUGAUCGAAGUAAAAUUAAACGUAUUGCUGGAAAUAUAAUUCCAGCAAUUGCAACAACAACAGCUAUGGUUACUGGACUUGUUUGUCUUGAAGUUUAUAAACUUAUUCAAGGUCAUAAAAAUGUUGAAUCAUAUAAAAAUGCUUUUGUUAAUUUGGCUUUACCAUUCUUUGGUUUUUCUGAACCAGUACCACCGACAAAACAAAAAUAUCUUGAUUGUGAAUAUACAUUAUGGGAUCGAUUUGAUGUUCAAGGUGAUAUGACAUUAGAAGAAAUUCUUGAAUAUUUUAAAAAAGAAUAUAAAUUAGUUGUAACUAUGCUUGCAGCUGGUUUAAUUGUUCUUUAUGCUCCACAUUUUAUGAGACAAUCAAAUCGAUCACAAGAUAUGAAACGAAAGUAAGAAUUAAUUUAUUUUCCUAUGUUAAAGAAAUACAAUUAUCUUUUUAU